AUGGCAUCACAGUGUGAACAAACUUUGUCUAUGAUGAGCAAUGGUGUUGAUUCAUUGGAUCAAACACAAAUGCCGUAUCUUGAAAGUUUACUUAGUGAAAAAACGCUGGGACCUACAUCCUUUCACAUGCCCGGUCAUAAGGGAACAGAGAUACCUCAUCAAAUGCUCUUAGAUUAUUUCGGUGGCAAUCUAUAUCCAGCUGACGUGGUGGAAAUCAAUGGAAAUAUCGACUACUUACACUCACCCAAAGGUGCAUUACUCAAAGCUCAAAAAUUAGCUGCGGCUGCGUACGGAGCUGAUGAAACAUUUUUUCUUAUCAAUGGCUCUACCGUUGGUAAUAUGGCUGCUAUAAUGGGUGUAGUCGGUCCCGGUCAAAAGAUCAUCAUGCCACGUGCAUCGCAUCGAUCUGUCUAUGGAGCAAUAGUUCUUUCAGGUGCGACACCAAUCUAUAUCGAACCCGAUUAUCAUUCGGACAUUGGUUUUCCUCUGGCUGUCAGUGUGCAAGCAGUGCAAAGUCUCCUAGAGAAACAUUCCGAUGUUGUUGCCAUUCAUUUAACAUCGCCGAAUUAUUAUGGGGUUCUGUCAGAUGUAGCGGCCAUUUGUAAUCUGGCUCAUUCACAUGGUGUAGCACUUUUGGUAGAUGAAGCACAUGGCUCACAUCUCGGACUACAUUCCGAUUGGCCCAAAUCAGCAGUUUUUCUGCGAGCAGAUGUUGUUGUUCACAGUACACAUAAAACACAAGGUUCUCUCACUCAAUCAGCCAUGUUACAUCUGAAUGACAACGGUUUGGUCAAUCGCGCACGUGUAGCACAAAUGUUAUCGCUUCUGCAAAGUUCAUCACCGAGUUCUAUCUUGUUAGCUUCACUUGAUGCAGCACGAAUGCAAACGGCUAUCGAAGGCCGUGAACGCUUAGCAAAAAUACUUGUUUUAGCACGACAAACUCGAGAUGCUAUUCGUCAAAUGGACGGUUUGUGGUGCUAUGGCGAUGAAUUAAUCGGUGUUAACAGUAUUUUUGCCAUUGAUCCCAGUAAAUUGAUCAUUCGGGUAAGCGAAACCGGUCUUAGUGGAUUCAAAGUCAGUACAAUACUCCGACAAGAAUACAAUGUCGAAGUGGAAUUUGCCGAUCUUCGACAAAUUAUUUGCUCAAUUACUUUUGCCGACACGGAAUCUACAACUCAACAACUGCUCGAUGCUUUACGCCAUUUAUCUAAAUAUCAUCCACAAUGCAACCAUGCAGAUUUUUCAUUCAUCAAACCACCGGACAGCUUACCUCGUUCGAUUAUAAAUAUACGUGAUGCUUAUUUUGCCACAAAAAUUCGACGUGUUUCUCUAGAUGAGGCCGUAGGACACGUGCUAGCAGAGAAUGUAAUACCGUAUCCACCUGGAGUUCCACUGCUUGUUCCUGGUGAAAUUAUGGAACGGCAUCAUCGUGAUUUUCUGCAAUAUUUUCUCGACAAAGGCGGCUCCCUAGUUGGUAUCGAAGAUCCAAACUUACGCACAGUUCGCAUUGUCGAUAUUUAA